GUUACAACUACAGUGUCCAGCGUUUGAUACACGGGAUACAUGGGAAAUAAUCACACACACACAAAAACUCGCAUUCCAGGCCAAAAAAAACGAAGAUAUUUCCCGGUAAAUCCGUUCUCGGAUUCCCAUCGCUUGCACAAUGAGUGCUGGCACCCCAAAAUCGCUGGCAUCUUCGGGGCAAAAGCCCAUUCAGGAGAUCUGUCAUCCGCUUGGAGCCGAGGAGACAGCGUCGGUCCUCACACCCAGUCCAGAUGUCGGAAACACCAUUACCAGCAUCGGAGGGAAGGACCUGAGUCUGCCCAAUGGGACGCCGGUGGAGACAUCUAGUCCCGCCUCCUCAUCUUCCCUCCUGAACCGGCUGCAGCUGGAUGACGACCUGGAUGGAGAGACACGUGACCUCUUUGUUACCGUCGAAGACCCGAAGAAACACGUCUCCACUAUGGAGACCUACAUCACCUACAAGGUCGCCACUAAGACAACGCGGGUGGAGUUUGACCUACCAGAGUACUCUGUCAGGAGGCGCUACCAGGACUUUGACUGGCUCAGAACCAAGCUGGAGGACACUCAGCCCACACAUCUCAUACCACCCCUCCCUGAGAAGUUUGUGAUGAAGGGGGUGGUGGACCGGUUCUCUGAGGAGUUUGUUGAGACGAGGAGGAAGGCUCUGGAUAAGUUCCUGAAGAGAGUGGCUGACCAUCCUGUCCUGUCGUUCAACGAACACUUCAAUGCCUUCCUCUCUUCUAAGGUAUAGGCGUGGGCAGUAUACCGUAUAUACU